AUGCAGACAGCGCGUUCGCGUUCCAACAUCCUAGAUGAAAGAGUGACGUACCUUCUUCUUGCGAAAGACGACGUUAGCGGAGACGAUAGGAGCUGGAUUGACUUGCUGAUGAUGAAGCUUGAACUGCGUGAAGUUGACGUAGUCAAAGAGCUGGUGGCGCAACUUUACCAAUACACCACUGUACCCACUUUGAACUCGAUCCUGAUAAUGAGCUAUGAAGCGGGUCAGUGGUGCAUCGUUGGUCCAAUCGGUGUUGAAGAUGACGAUGCUGAGAUCGAGACGAUGAAUGUAUCCUACCUCAAGGACAAAGACGACGUUGUGACUUGCGAGCUCACGCCAAAAAUAGAUGGAGGAAGUCUGUACCAAGACGAUCUCAUAGUAGAACUCGACGCAGUAGACCCACUUCCAAUUGUCCUCGUUGUGCUUAUUGAAUUAGUUCGUGGCGUAGGAAAGAAGUUGGUCGUUGAAAAGCUGCCGUGGUUGAAGUUGUGCGUUGAUGAGGAAAUUAAAGCAGUACUGCUACUGCUCGAUCCUAUCAAGGAGGUGGACGUAAUGGGUAGACUUCACGAUGCCGCACUGCUGCUGCUCGAUUCUACAUGGCUUGAAGUUGACAAAGAGCUUAAUGCUGCACUGUCACUGCUUGAUGCUUCUGUCAAAGAAAUGGAUGCAUCCGAUGAGCCACUGCUGCUGACUAAUGUUAUCGAAGAACUGGAUGUGCUUGGUGUAGCGGUCGAAGAACCACUAGAUAUGGAAAUGCUGCUGCUGGUGUGGCUGGACGAAGCGCUGUUUGAUGUUGGAGAGAAUGCACUGGAUGAUGUCAAAAGAAACGUGCUGGUCGGUGUUGAGGAUGUCGAGCUGAUCGAUGUCGUAAUGAACCUCAAUAUCUUGGCGUAUUUCACCUACCUUGCAUCGAUGGUGGAAGAGGUCGAGACAGCCGGAAGGGAUACCAGCGAGCUAGUUGCGCUAGUUGAAGAUACAGGAGAACUCAAAGCUGAUGACAACGGCAAUGCGGUUGCCGAAAAUGUUGGUGGCCACGAUCAAUCCCGGAUUGAGACUAGAUGUAAUAUGACAUUGAAGGAACAGCCGAUGGAUACUCGAUUGGAGGACAUAAAAGCACAAGCUCGUUGGAAAUGGAUGCCUGAGUACUCUCCCGAAGUCGAAGUGAGGUUUUUGGUAAUGCUGGAAGAUCCUUGGCUAGUGGUCGGUCGCAUAAAUUGUCAAGUUGGGGGAUCUCAGCGGAGACGAUGUAACUUGCAUUGGAAGCUGAAUCUAGCACCACUGUUAUAUUUGUCUUACUUACCACUGGCUGACCGUGAGUGCCUGUUGGGUGUCACAUUCGGACGAGAAGAUGCCUUGGCCGUUCAGCGUGAGCACACUUCUGUGAGCAAUCACAAGAUCCAUCUGCGCUGGAAUAAUAAGUGUGGUAGGCCGACCAAGUGA